AUGGCAUCUCAAGCAGGCCCAACUCCGCUGCCUGCCACCACAAUACUUAAGAGCGAGCGCAUAUCCCAAGCAGAGGCUCAUGAAUUCCUUACAGCCUAUCUCGAUCGCGCGGCCUCAGACCCAGGAUUCCAGCCAGAUUCUACGCUCUCACCACAAGGUCCCAUUGCCGCUGGCGUUGGGUCGUCUCCCAACCUAGUGAUACACAACCUGAAGCGAGUCCAGGCCGGAUUGGCCGAAGAAGUGCUCGGAAAAGAUCUUAUAUACGCGAAACUGGAGAAUGAAGGCGGUGCUGCCGGUGGUAUAUUUGAGCUACAUUCCCAUAAUGCAACUGAUGGACAGAAUUGGGCCGGCAAAAAGCGAGAAACUCCCGCUGUCAGCGGAUGGCAAGAUUUACAGAGCUACGAGAGAGAACAGACCGAUAUUGUUGAGGCUGGAGACGGAGAUGACGAGGUGGUUGCUGUAGAGGACAAUACUGAAGCUGUGGAAGAUGUUCAGGAGGGUAAAAUCGAUAAGGAAGAGCGCAAACGACAGAAGAAACAGAGACGCAAGCAAGAGCAAAAGGCGAAGAUGGCUGCGGCCAGGAAAGAAAACGAGGAUGAUGAGACCGAGAUCUGA